AUGCUCUCGAGGUGCUCGUGGCUGCGCCCGAAAUCAAAACGUGUAUUAGGUGAAGAACAAGAUAAAAUAACAAUUAAUGUUUCGGGUGAACGUUUUCAAACACAUCGAACUACAUUGGAACUUUAUCCUAAUACACUACUUGGAAAUAAAAAAAAAUGUCGACCAUUCUUUGAUAAAGCACAUAAAGAAUAUUUUUUUGAUCGACAUCGUGCAUCGUUUCAUGCAAUUUUGUAUUAUUAUCAAUCACAGGGUCGUCUUAGAAGACCACCUUCUGUCCCACUUGAUACAUUUCUAGAAGAAGUCACAUUUUUUGAAUUGGAUUCAGAAGCUUUACAACAAGUAAGAGAUCAUGAAAACGUUAAAGAAGCUCCAAAACUUCCUCUACCAAAGAAUCGAUGUCGACGUUAUUUAUGGGCUAAUAUGGAAUAUCCUCAAUAUUCAACAACAGCAAAAGUUAUUAAUUUCCUUUCAAUGUUAGUCAUCGUAUUGUCAUGUAUUGCACUUGCCAUAGAAACACUACCAAAAUAUAAUGGAUAUUAUGAUAAUAUGUGUGAGCAUGUUUUUGAAUUAUCAAAAAAUGAAUCAAUAUCUAUAAAUAAAAUAGUUAAAACAGAUCGAUUAUGUGCUCCAUCAUUCUAUAAUCCAUUUUUUGUUAUUCAAACAUUUUGUAUUAUAUCGUUUACAACUGAAUUUAUUGUACGUCUAAUGAGUACACCACGUUAUUUGAAUUAUAUAAAAGAUUUAAUGAAUUGGAUUGAUGUUCUUGCUAUAAUACCAUACUAUAUAACAUUAGGUAUAAUGUUAGCUGGAAAACAAGAUGAUAUUAAUGCAAAUACAUAUGGUGGAUUAAAAUUUUUAAGAUUAUUACGUUUUGUACGUAUAUUUAAAUUGUAUAGAGUAUUUCGUAUAUUUAAAACAUUUAGAAUAUUAGCAUCAGCAUUUAAAGAAUCAUUACCCGACUUCUUUAUUAUGAUGAUAAUUCUUACAUUUUUGGGAUUUUUAUUUGGUGCAGGGGCUUAUUUUGCUGAACAAAAUUCAAAUGGAGUUCAAUUUGAUAGUAUUCCAAAAGCCACGUAUUGGGGAAUAAUUACUGUAACAUCAACGGGAUAUGGUGAUAUGUAUCCUAUAACUGCUAUUGGCCGAACUCUUGGUUGUUUAUGUGCUAUAUUUGGCCAAGCUGCAAUUGGCAUGGCUGUUUCUGUAUUAGUUGACCGUUAUCAACGUGUAUAUACCCGAAAAUUAUAUAUUGAUGCUAAAGAUGAUGAGAUGGAAUUUUAUGAAUCGUCAGAUGAUGACGAUGAUGAUGAUAUAGAAUCGCAAACAGGUGUUAAUUCAAAACAACACAAAAAAGAUAUAGGCGCAGAUCCAGAUGCACUGGCACGAGAAGAAAAAAAAACAAAUGGCAAUUAUGGGGUUGAAAACGACGACGAUAAUGAUGAUGAUAACGAUAAUCAAGAUCAAGACAAUGAAGUGGAUUAUCAACAAAAAAAAGGUUCAAAAAUUAAAUUUAUACUUACUGUUGAUAAUGACGAAGAUGAAACGUUAGUAGCUGAACUGUUUCGAAAAAUGAACAAAUUUAUAAGAGAAAGACAGCAAUCAAACGAAAAUCAAAUUGAUGAACAACAGACCGGACAUACACAAGAAUCACAGAUUUCUAGCGAAGAAAUUAAUUUUGUUAAUAAUAACAGUAAUGGACAUAACGUUUUAAUUAAAUUUCGUUUACCCUCAUCCACUUAUCAGAAUGAAACUGCUGUUAAGGAUAAAGAUCUUUCGCGUUUAUAG